GCUGCCGCUGCAGGUCCACCGUCUGACGGGCGGGGAGCGCUGACUGGAAGUCAUUUUGUUGCAUCGGUUGACGAGUGACGGCGUUUCGUGCCUUUGACUUUGUUUGCUUACUGUAUACGACGACCGAGUCAUUUCGGUGCAUGAAACCUAGAAGUGCAGUACAUUACAACUCGGUUGCAACCGCUUGGCGGUACUUUCAGACACACAGUUCAGUCGAAGGCUUCUACUAUGGAGUCCUGAAAAGAACAAGGUUGCCGAGCUGGUGGUGGAUAAUUGCCGUUCCAGUGAUGGAGAGAUCGAGGGUCUCACAGACGAGUUCAAGGAGCUGGAGUUCCUCAGCAUGGUCAAUGUGGGUCUCACUUCCCUGGCCAUGCUGCCAUCACUGACCAAACUGAGAAAGUUGGAGCUGAGUGACAAUAACAUUUCUGGCUCUUUGGAGAUCCUCUCUGAGAAAUGUCCCAAUCUUACAUAUCUAAACCUGAGUGGCAACAAGAUUAAAGAACUCAGCACAGUGGAAGCUCUGCAAAACUUGAAGAAUCUGAAAAGCCUGGACCUCUUUAACUGUGAGAUCACCACACUAGAGGAGUACAGGGAGAGCAUUUUUGAGCUGUUGCCUCAGAUCACAUACUUGGAUGGCUUUGAUGCAGAGGACAACGAGGCUCCUGACUCAGAGGCAGAUGAUGAUGAUGAUGAUGAGGAUGGUGAGGAAGGAGCAGGCCCUGUUGGUGAAUAUGAUGAUGAGGAUGAUGAUGAGGAAGGAUCGGAGGGUAAAGAGGUUGGACUGUCCUAUCUAAUGAAAGAUGAAAUUCAGGAUGAGGAGGAUGAUGAUGACUAUGUAGAAGAAGAGGAAGAGGAGGAAGGUGAGGAAGAGGAGGCAGACGUUCGGGGAGAGAAGCGAAAGAGAGAUGCAGAAGAUGAAGGCGAAGACGAUGAUGAAGAUGAUGACUAACCGUGUGUGUGUUUGACGCCUUGGAAACCUGAUCCAAGUUGAACAACCUUGAAAAAAAGCGUGAUCUUGCAGAUUGUUUUUCUCUUUGUAUACCAUAGAUAUAUCACUGUAGAGGCUAAGUGUUUUCUUUUGAUAAAUACAUUAUAUUAUACUAUAUAAAAGGGGUUUAUUGACAAUUCAUUUAUAGCCAUUCCAAGUUUAUGUCCCAACACGAGAAUCUUGUCAGUGUGGGUGAGUUAUGGGAGGGGAGGGGGAGGUCUGUGGGGUGCGGUUUGGGACGCUGUGUCCAAACCUACUGACCAACAGUCCGUUUCUAAAUAUGGCACUGGGACUUGAAUACUGGGAGGCGAAUUGGCACAGCAACUUUUAUCCGUACACAAUAAACUCAGCUACAUAGCUUGUGCUCAACCUGCCAGUGACUUUCCCAAGACCUCUUUGAGGAGGCGAAGAGUCGGCCUGCUCCUCAUCUACCUCUCCAGGCUGCCUCAGUCUCAGCCCACCACGGAGCAUCGAGCCAAUCAUCUCCAGCUAGCAGCCCCCUGUGUUCCCGGGUCGACCAGUCCUUGCCGAGGAAUUAGUCCAAGGCGCUCUCCGUAAGGGAUGCCUCCUCUUGAUUCAGUAAAGGUAUUGUAGACCAGGCUUGCUCAAAUUGACAGCCAAGACGGUAUGUGAUCUCAUGAAUUUUAAAAUGUGAUAUAUGUAAAUGCAAUGUAAAGUAACUGAAAAUGAGGAAGGAGAUCGGGGUAGGGGUAACAAGUUGUUAUCCAAUUUUAAUCUUAGUCUUUUUUAAGAUAGAAAGACCACAGGGAUAAUAAAAUCAACUGAUAAGCAGUUUAAUCAGCAGUUUACCCUUCCUCAAAUAUCCUGGAGAAUUUAGUAAAGUUUGACUCCAAAAUCAUGCUAUGUCAAGAGCAAAGCGAUAGUCAGAAUUUGUUCCUAUAAGAGAGCUGGAAAUUUCUCGUAACAUUCAGGUUCAAUGGCUUUGUUGGAUUAAAUCGUACCCUUAAGUACCUUUAUACCUAUGUCUUGCUGUGGAAACAGGUUAGUUUCUACCUUUUGUGGGGGUAUUUUACAGAGUAAUACCUUUAAUCUAAUGUUCGUAUGGCAAUAUGUACAGUAUAUAGUAUCUGUUCCAGCAGGUCGGUGUUAGUGUUUUUUGUUUUGUUUUGUUUUUUGUUUGUUUGUUUUGGUUUUUUUUUUUUUUUUUUUUUUUUUUUUUUUAAUUAACUAUUUGGUUAAUUGUUUUAUUACAAAGCACAGGUCAGAGGACUAAAGUCCCUAGACGCAGGUCGCCUGUUUUAUUUUUCAGUACUUGGCUGUUGUGCGAGUGUUGUGUUUGGGGUUUUAUGUGAUGUAAACCUCUAUGGAGGGAUUAGUUGUUUUGUUGUUGGGUUUUGAUGUUUGAUUUCUUUCUUCUUUUUUUCUUGUUCCUGUCUUUUUUCCUUUCUUUUUUUUGGAAAAAAUAAACAUGAAAGAUGACAUGCUUUGAGAUAAAUGA